GAAUACCCAAGGAAUACACACGCCCUCCUGAGUCGGAUCAUUCUCCAUACACAUCGGAAAUGGCCCCAAACGACAGACAUCAUCUAGCGGUGCUCACUAGGAUACCCACGUUGCCAGCAGCCGUGGCACGAGUUUAUAAAGCCCUAGACUUGGUUCGCGGAGCGCAACUCAAUACCCUUACUCGUGCCAACAUGGACUAUCUCAGGUUGUGUGUCUUUCUGGUCUUCCUUGUUAAUGCAGGCUCUUGGCCGUUCGUCUGGCAUGUCCGCGUGUUCUGGCCCAUCAUCGUAGCAAGGAUUCGGUUCCUCCUUCUACGAGCGAGUUUACUUUUCAAGUCAUCCUCGGAACGGAACCGGAUCGUCGCGGAGCGCGUGGAAGCACUUUGUCCUGUCGGGACCAAUCCGUUCGAACUGGUGACGACUUACAGACGAUGGGCAAGUAUCGAUGAUGUGGACAUGUUUGGGAUGCAUCUUAGCAAUUCAAGCUAUGCCAAGGCUCUAGAUUCUGCACGUCUCAGAGUAAUGUGGAAAGCGUUUCCAGCCUGGAGUGUCAGCCAGGGAGUUAUCGCACUCGGGGCUACUCAUUAUCACUUUAUACGUGAGAUACCCAUGUUUGCGCGAUAUGAGGUCAGGAUAUCCAUUGCAGCCUGGGACCAGAAAUGGCUGUAUGCCAUUGCGCGUUUUGUCACGCCUCCCAAGCGUCGCCGUACCGGCGAAGCUAUGUCCAACGGAGCCAUUUCUACUCAUGACCAAUCGCCCGCCGACAGCGACACCAAUACCAGCUCACCGAACCACUUGAACUUGAACGGCAUCGCGACACUAAACACAGAUGGCUUCAUCAGUGACACUGACAAGCUCGAGAAGACCCUCAAUGAAGCAUUCGCUGCGACGAAUAAACGCUCUCGUACCCCUAUCGUCGAACCCGAUGGUUCCGUCCUCCAUUGCAUCGCCGUUUCCCAGCUUUGCUUCAAGCAGGGCAGGAUAUCCGUCCCACCGGCUGUUGCACUCGCUUGCGAGGGUUUCUGCAAACCUCCGGUCGACUCUAGUGCCGAAUCCGGGGCUGUGCCACGGAGGUACUCGGCAUCUAACCCUCCACCGCAUUGGGCCAAGGUUCGAGCUAUGCGUGUCCCACCUACUGGAUCUAUGAAGCGGUUCAAAGAGUUCCUUGCGGGGGGAUGGAAGACCAGUGCCGAAGAAACGGGCGACAAAUGGUGGGAAGAAGCCCUCAGCGGACCUAUCGAAGAGAAGAGGAAGAAAAACUUGGAGGUUCUCCAUGCGCUCAGAGCGAGGAUGGAGGGUGUAAGGGGUGUUUACUAAUCUUAUUCUCCGUGCAUAUCCACAUGUAGUUUCUGGCCAGAUAUCAAACAUAGAAAUGUGUACGAUAUGUCAUUCCAUCUCUUAAGUUUUUACAUCCAUAUAAUGGGCAUGCACGUCAUGUAUCGUGUAUUAUGACUUGAACAUGACUACUUUGAAUUAUUGCGGUCGAAACGCUCUUCCGCAGUCGUGACCACAACAAAUACAUACUUGUCCAUACGUGGCAGCGAAAAGAAAAAUGCG